AUGAUAUGGGUAAAUGUAGAAAUUUCAAAUAUUCAUGGAUUUGGGUCAUUUCUGUUUUUCUCAGGAGGCAUCCAGGUGAAGCUAUGUGGAAUAGCUCAGUAUGGUAAUCUCAUAGGUGUUACAAUUGGAUACACAAUAACGGCAUCUAUUAGUAUGUGGGGACCCAAUUAUAGUCUAAAUCUUCUAAGGUCUGAUGUCAUCUCUGGUCUCACCAUUGCAAGCCUUGCAAUCCCACAGGCUAUUGGCGCUGCUCAGCAUUUCAUCUAUAUUGAAAAUCAAUAUAUCAUAGGGUCUUCAUACAAUUGGAGCUCCCAUAAAGACAUAGGUGCGAACAAUUUGAUUCCCAUGGAAAUUGCACUUAAAAUUGCUGAGAAAAUCAGAGCACGUGAGAGGUUUGCUGCUUAUAUUGUUAUUCUGAUGUGGCCAGAAGGCAAUCCAACAGGUGCUGCUACACAAAGGAUUUUAUUUUGGCAAAACAAAACAAUGCAAAUGAUGUAUGAGACCAUUUACAAGGCUUUAGUGAAGGUUGGCCUUCAGAAUGAAUACACCCCCACAUGA